CUAAAGUUCUGUUAUUUAGCGUAUGCACGGAAGGUGUUUGACGAUAUGCCUGUGAGAGUUUAUAGAUUCUUUUCUGAUUGAAAGUUUUUAAAUAUAGUUUGUGUGGGGAGAGUUUUUUUUUUUUUUUUUUUUUUUUUUUUGGAGAGUCUUAGUGGAUUUAACUUAGAAAGAUCUUCCCUUUGUUACUAUUCUCUCAUGAGGGAUAGAUUCAGGGAGCAUUGAAGGGUUUAGUGAAAGAGUAAGUUUGGUGGUGGUUGUGAUACUCUAGUUGCAAUGACAACGGAAACGGGAAGGAAGAAGAGAACUCCACAGACUCUUAAGACAGAUACGAGCCAUACGGCACUAAAACUUGCUGAGAAGUGGGUUGCCAAUAUGGCAACGCCUGCAGAGGAUGAGCCUGAACAAGAAGUUCGAACCCACGGGCUUGGACUUGGUGCUAAAGUGGCACGGCAAAUGAAGCGUAGACCUUCAGACGACCCUCUUGAUCAAAAACUACAAGCCAAGUUUGAUGCAGGGAGAAGAAAACAUGCAAGAACUGACGCACAGUCUGCUAGUGCCAGUAAGAACGCCGGUGAUGACACUGAGGAUGAUGAUGACGAAUCAGAAAGCAAAAGCCAAGCGUUCGGAAAGAAAAGGCAAAACAGAAGUACGCGUUGUUAGUACUAUAGUUUAGAAUCAUGGGCUUGUUUAUUUGGUUCAUUGUUCGAACAUGAUUGCUAACAAACAUAAUCUUUAUCUUAUUUAAAGUU